AUGAAUCUCGAACGAAUUUUUCACACAGCGUCAAUAUUAACAGACGGAAAAGUAUUAGUUGUUGGUGGACGGUUGGGGUCGGUAGAUGAAACUAAUACUGCUGAAUUGUAUGAUCCAUCAACAGGAAAUUGGACAAUGACUAAUUCUAUGAAUUAUGAACGAAAAGAUCAUACGGCAUCAGUGUUAAUAAAUGGAGAAGUUUUAGUUACUGGUGGAGAAAAUAAUAAUUCUUUGCUAAAUAGUGCUGAAUUGUAUAAUCCAUUAACGAAAAAUUGGAUAUUGAUUAAUUCUAUGAAUGAGAAACGGGCUUAUCACACGGCAACCGUACUAAAGAAUGGAAAUGUGCUAGUUGCUGGUCAUUCACUUAAUAUUGCUGAAUUGUAUGAUCCAUCAGCAAAAGCUUGGAGAUCGGCUAGUCCUAUGAAUAGUAGACGAGGUUCUCCCACAGCAUCUCUACUAACAGAUGGAAGAGUAUUAGUUACUGGUGGAUCCUGGCUUCUUUUUGCUCUCAACAGUGCAGAAUUGUUUUAUCCUAAUGUAACAAAUGUAUGA